AUGACUAUGGUCGGAAGAAAGAAGCGUAACGCUACAAAUCGGGACCAUUAUAUAAAUAAUAACUUGAACAGUGAACUGAGGCAGGAUGUAAUAUCGCACGACCAUCAAACUAGAUAUAAUGCAAACCACUCACGACGUUAUACUACCCGGGCUAGAAAUGUUGGUAGUGAUACUGAAAUGCCCGUCCCUACGACUUUUCUAAGGCGUCGGCCAGUAAAUGUCGUUACUAACUGCGAUUAUAAAAAACGGCAGCUCCCUGUAGUUGAGGAUGGAGUUUUACAGAGUAGUGACAGCCGUGAAGGUGGCUCAGCAUCAGCAGGCAGUAUAGCUUCUGCUGCCGAUGAUGAAGGGUCGCCUUCUGCGUCAGGCGUUGAGGCCGAUCCAGAUGAGGUAAAUGCCAACGGGUAUAGCGGCAAGGAUUCUUCGCAGUCCCAGUAUGCAGAAAGCUCAUCUAGUGUUUCUCAGAAAGAACAUGUGACGGAGAAGGCCGACACUGGUUUUGUUAGCGAUCGUAGUGCUUGCAGUUCCGUCAGUUCGCAGACUGAUUGCAGUCUUGCUUGUACCGAAAUCAUAUUAGCUAUUAGUCGGUUGCCACCAUGGGAACGCGCGGAAACAUUAUCUCAGCUUGUGUAUUCGUUGUCUGCUUUAGAGCAACGGUUUUUGGGUUCGUGUGUUGAGGCUGCAGUGCGGUCAAAUUCUAUUCAUUUACGUCAGUAUGAGACCCUUUAUAAUGACCCCCAAGCUAUAUCGAAUUGCUUGAACUUGGAGUACCAGCGAUUAUUUGAUGUUGCCCACUCCAUGAUCUAUAUGCUGCGUGCGGGUAGUCGGCAAGCUGCUACUCAGUUUCUAGAGUUACUUAAUCGUCUUUUUACUGAUUGGGCAUCGGAGACAAGUCACUGGAGUCAGCAGGAAAAGGAGGUUGCCUUUGUAAAGCUAAAGUCAGUGGUUUCUGUGGCUCUGAAUCACCCGGCUGUUUCUGUGGAAAACAGAGUUAAACUGCUGGAUAUUCACGCUCAUUUGUCCGAACUUCACACGUCUUCAGUAACUUCUGGGCAACCAGCUAGUAACUUACCGACCGGUGAAGAGAAAACAGAUAAGAAGAGCUCUUCAGUAACGCAGUCGUGCUCUCCUUCAACAUCGAAUUACGUCAUACCUACAGUAAUUUCUUCAUUAAAUGUUGUAAAGGUUGUUCAAGGUUCAGCUUCAGAGGAGUAUGAAAUCGAGGUAGUUUGGAGCGAUGGGACGAGGAAUAACGUUGUACGGACUGGCGAUCAGAUCUUUGAUUUACAGUCACGGUUGUUGGAUAAAUUUCCAGAAGAAGCUCGUUCUUCUUCUAAAUCUAGUCGAUUAAUACCUUAUUUGUAUAAGGCGCCAGAUUCAAUUAUCAAUUACAUAAGAUCUUUGCCUAACGUACCAGCUCGAGUUCUAAUAUCGCCCGUAAUAUAUGAUGCUUUUUGUCCUCUCUCAUCACGUGAGAAUUCGGAGUCAUCUAACCAAUCCGGAACUCAACAAAACCAGCGGUUCUCGGAAAAAACGAAAGGUAGUAAUGCAACUCCUGAGGCCUUGGAAGUCAUGACAACUUCAGCUUUUCCACAAUAUUGCGUUGUAUCACAACAUCCUUACUCCUCCGCUGUUCCAUUAUGUUCUCCUGGGAACCCAAUAACGUCUACCACGCCGUGUGUCAUACUCCCCAGUGGCGGUCUAGGCUCUCCAAGUGUUGCCCAAUUUAUUGUACCUCGUACAGUGCCUUUACGUAGUGUUACCCCUAUGGUAUCUCGGCCGAUAUACGCCAUUCACCCGCAUUCAAACACGCCCUGUCAAAACUGCGGGGGUCCCCACCCAUUUUCCAGCUGUAAGCAGUCUACAAUGCUUGACGCUGUGAAUUCUGGGACAUAUAAUUUGAACUACGGUGCCUCUGAUGAACCCAAGAUACGUGCUUCACAUGCGAAUAGAAGUUUAGCCUUGCCUAUCCAAGUUAGCGCCUCAGUUCGGUCAGUAGAUAAUAAUCAUGUUGUUUCUGCCAACUCUAGGGACACUUCAUGCGUUGUUGACGGUGUCCAAAAUCCACAUACAAAGCUUAUCAAUUCUGGCCUUGCUGUGCUGCGUUGUCAUGAUUUAAUGUCGUUCUUCUAUAACUUGCGAAAGCAAUUUGCUUCAACUGUUGUGAUAUUAGUAAAUUUAGGGGAGUUGGAUUGUUUUAAUAUAAAUUGGUUUAUUUCGCCGAAUAUUUUGAAAUUGGUUGAAGAGUCUGAUUUAUAG